AUGUCGUCUGCUACACCAACACCAACUGCUGCCGCGCCUGAGCAGCAGCAACAGCCAUCUGGCUCGUCCCAGAAUGACGCCACCGCUGCUACUGCUGCUGCUGCUGACGUUGCUGCCUCCCCGUCCGCAGAUACUCCUCUCGGCCCAGACGGUCAGCCUCUCACAAAAAGUGCGAUGAAGAAACUCGCCAAGCUCAAAGAGAAGGAGGCCAAACAAGCGGCCAAAGACGCUCUUAAAAGCGAUAAGCCCGCACAGAACGCCGCCGGCUCGGGUGCAGCCAAGAAGGAGAAGCCCAAGAAGGAAGUCAAACAGGAGCCCGAAUGGGUCAACAACACUGUCCCUGGCGAGAAAAAGGAUCUCUCCGGUCCCAUGGAGAGCGGAUACAACCCGCUUCACGUCGAACAGAGCUGGUACCAAUGGUGGGAGAAGAGCAACCACUUCAAGCCCGCAGAGCCCACCGAGUCGGAUCCAUACGACCCCGAGAAGACGUUUAUUAUCCCUGCACCUCCCCCCAACGUUACCGGCUCGCUUCACAUCGGUCACGCCCUUACCAUCUCGAUCCAGGAUACCUUGAUCCGAUGGUACCGCAUGAACGGCUACAGGACGCUCUUCAACCCUGGCUAUGACCACGCCGGUAUCGCCACCCAGAGCGUCGUCGAGAAGCGUCUCGCAAAGACCGAAGGCAAGUCGCGCCACGACUAUGGCCGUGAAAAGUUCCUCGAGAAAGUCUUUGCCUGGAAGGACGAUUACCAGUCGCGCAUCUCGAAUCAAAUGCGUCGUCUCGGCGCCUCGUACGACUUCUCCCGAGAAGCCUUUACCAUGGACCCAGUGCGCUCCAAGGCGGUUACCGAAGCCUUUUGCAAGCUCCACGAGGACGGCAUCAUCUACCGAGCCAACCGUCUGGUCAACUGGUGCUGCAAGCUCAGUACCGCCCUUUCCAACAUCGAGGUCGACCAGAAGCAGCUCAACGGUCGUACGUUGAUGAACGUGCCUGGCUACCCUGCCAAUGAGCGCAUCGAGUUCGGUGUCAUUUUCAGCUUCUCGUACCAGAUCGAAGGCAGCGACGAGAAGAUCGUUGUGGCUACCACCCGUCCCGAGACCAUGCUUGGUGAUACCGCCGUCGCUGUCCACCCGGACGAUUCGAGGUACAAGCACCUGCACGGCAAGAACGUCAUUCACCCGUUCGUCCCCGGUCGAAAGGUCCCCAUCGUCGCUGAUUCGAUCAUCGUCGACAUGGAGUUUGGAACCGGUGCUGUCAAGAUCACGCCUGCUCACGACCCCAACGAUUACGAGGUCGGCAAGCGCCAUGAUCUCGAGUUCAUCAACAUUCUCAACGAGGACGGUACCCUCAAUGAAAACUGCGGCGAGUUUGCCGGCAUGAAGCGCUUCUCUGCGCGUCGCGCCGUGGUUGACAAGCUCAAGGAGAUCGGCAGCUACAUUGAGACCAAGGAUAAUCCUAUGACGGUACCCAUUUGCUCGCGUUCCGGCGACAUCAUCGAGCCCCUCAUGAAGCCUCAGUGGUGGGUCAACUGCAAGCCUCUCGCAGACAAGGUCAUUGAGCGUGUGCGUGCCGGUGACAUGACCAUCACCCCCGCCGUUUCCGAAAAGGAAUUCUUCCGAUGGAUGGAAAACAUCCAGGACUGGUGCAUCUCGCGUCAGCUCUGGUGGGGUCACCGAUGCCCUGUCUACUUUGUCAACAUCGAGGGCGAGUUGCAAGACCGCAGCGACGACAAGUACUGGAUCUCGGGCAGGACGCUCCAACAGGCGCAGGAGCGUGCUGCCAAGCUUGCCGGCGGCAAGAAAUUUACGCUCGAGCAGGACGAUGACGUUCUCGACACCUGGUUCAGCUCGGGUCUCUGGCCUUUCUCGAUCAUGGGCUGGCCGGAGAAGACGGAUGAUUUCAAGCACUUCUACCCAUCUUCGAUGCUUGAGACUGGUUGGGACAUUUUGUUCUUCUGGGUGGCCAAGAUGUGCAUGCUCGGUGUGUAUCUGACUGGCACUUUGCCUUUCAAGGAGGUGUUCUGUCAUGCCAUGGUGCGCGACGCGCAUGGACGUAAGAUGUCGAAAUCGCUCGGCAACGUCAUCGACCCACUCGACGUGAUCGAGGGUAUCUCGCUCGAUGGGCUGCACGGCAGGCUUCAGGAGGGUAACCUCGACGACAAGGAGAUCGCCAAGGCGGCGCAGGGUCAGAAGAAAGAUUUCCCCAAGGGUAUUCCUCAGUGCGGUACCGAUGCUCUUCGUUUCGCUCUCUGCGCCUACACCAGCGCCGGUCGUGACAUCAACCUUGAUAUCCUUCGCGUCGAAGGAUACCGCAAGUUUUGCAACAAAUUGUGGAACGCCACCAAGUUUGCGCUUCUCAAGCUCGAGCCCAUUGCCUCGUUCCAGCCCGCUUCGAGUGACGAGCGUUCCGGGAACGAGUCGUUGGUCGAAAAGUGGAUCUUGCACAAGCUCAACGCGGCCGCCAAGACUGUUAACGAGAAUCUAAAGGAGCGAAACUUUAUGGCUGCCACCUCGGCUGUCUACAACUUCUGGCUGUACGAGCUGUGCGAUGUGUACAUCGAAGCGAUCAAGCCUAUCACGGACGCCGGGGCUGCUGACGCCCAGGCUCGGGCUAGCGCGCAGCAGACGCUGUACACGUGUCUCGAUGCUGGACUGAAGCUUUUGCACCCAUUCAUGCCGUUUGUCACCGAGGAGUUGUGGCAGCGAUUGCCGCGUCGUUCGGGCGAAAAGGCUGAUAGUAUUGCUCUCGCUACUUACCCAGUCUACAUGGCUGGUCGAGACGACAUGCCUGCCGAGGUGGCAUUUGAGGAGGUGUUUGCGGCGGUUCGAGCGAUCCGUGGAAUGUGCACGGAUUACAACUUGCUCAAAGAUGUGCAGGUAUUCCUCGAAACGGCCGAUUCUGACUUUUCUUCGACUCUCAACGAGUCGUCGGCGGUGGUUGCUACGCUCGUCAAAGGCUGCACGCGCGUCAGCGUGGUUUCGUCGGCCGCUGACGUUCCCAAAGGUUGUGCAGUAUCCUCGAUCUCGUCGCGCCUUAAUGCGCACGUUCUGAUCCGAGGUCUGGUCAACAUCGACCAGGAGCUGGCGAAAUUGGACAAGAAACUCACGCUCAACCAGGUCGGUCUGGACAAGGUCGGCGCCGCAAUGAACAAGCCUCAGGAAUGGGAGAGGAUGCCCGAGGACGUCAAGGAGAGUACGAAGGAGAAGCUCAAGGCUUUGCAAGCUGAAAGAUCCGCCAUGGAGGCUGCUAAGCGUCAGUUUGAAAGUAUCAGGGACGACUAG